CCCUCCCCCCCGGCCGGCCGGCGCGCGGAGCCGGUUGGAAGCGGAUCGACCCCGCCGCCGCCGCCGCCGCCGCCGCCAUGGGGGGCACAGGGGCCGAGCUGACGCUGCGCCACCCCUGAGCGGCUCCCGGGCCCCGGCCCCGGCCCCGGCCCCGGCCCCGGCCGAGAAUCGCUGAUUGAAAGGGAACUUGGCUGCUGGGUGUAUGGGAACUGAUCCACAAACAAGCUGCAUUUUCAAACAGAGGUCUUCCAUACCUGAAGUUGAGAAGUUCCACGUCACGCUCAACAUGGAGAAGGAAGAAAAGAAGUUUGUCAAUAAAGGCGAAGAAGAUGAGAUGGAGAUUUAUGGUUACAAUCUGUGCCGCUGGAAGCUGGUUUUAGUUGCUGUCGGGGUGUUGUGUACUGGUGGCUUCCUCCUCCUCCUCCUCUACUGGAUGCCUGCGUGGCGUGUGAAAGCAACAUGCAAAAGGACAACGCUUAAAGACUGCGAAGUGGUGCUGCUGCGAACAACUGAUGAAUUCAGGAUAUGGUUUUGUGCAAAGGUUCGCAUUGUGCUUUCUCUAGGAACCGGUCCACUGCAAAGUCCUGCUCCUCCUCAAGACAAGGUUUCCAAUGGCCAUAGCAUUCAUGUAUUUGAAAACCCGGCUGAAGAGAACAAAAAUGGCCCUCAAAAAUAUUUGCCUAUUCGCUAUUUCUCACACCACAGCGUGAAAUAUUUCUGGAACGACGCAGUCCAAAGCUUUGAUGUCAUAAAAGGACUGGAUGACACUGUUUCCUGUUCUUCAAUCCAUGCUGAACACAGUAUGGGACUGACUAAGGUGGUGCAUGAUUACAGAAAAUUAUUCUAUGGAGUAAAUGAAAUUGCUGUGAAAGUGCCUUCCAUUUUUAAGCUUCUGAUUAAGGAGGUCCUCAACCCCUUUUACAUUUUCCAGCUAUUCAGUGUGAUAUUGUGGAUCACUGAUGAGUAUUACUACUAUGCAUUAGCAAUUGUCGUUAUGUCUGUAAUAUCCAUCAUUAGCUCACUCUACACCAUUAGAAAGCAAUAUGUUAUAUUGCAUGACAUGGUGGCAGCUCACAGCAUUGUCAGAGUGUCGGUCAGCCGAGCAAAUCAAGAAAGAGAAGAAAUCCUUUCCACUGACCUUGUGCCUGGAGAUAUCAUGUUGAUUCCAUCGAAUGGGACAAUCAUGCCCUGUGAUGCAGUACUUGUCAGUGGUACUUGCAUUGUAAAUGAAAGCUUGCUAACAGGUGAAAGUGUUCCUGUAACAAAAACUAGCCUACCAAACCCCGCAGAAGAUCCAAAAGCAACGGGGGAUGAAGUGUACAGUCCAGAAACCCAUAAGCGACAUACAUUGUUCUGUGGAACCACUGUCAUUCAAACGCGGUUUUACAGCGGAGAACUAGUCAAGGCUGCAGUCGUGAGAACAGGCUUUAGUACUUCCAAAGGACAGCUUAUUCGUUCCAUCCUGUAUCCAAAGCCAACUGACUUCAAACUCUACAAAGAUGCCUACAUGUUUCUGUUGUCCCUCGUGGUGGUGGCAGGCAUUGGCUUUAUCUACACAGUGGUCAACAGCAUCUUAAAUAAGGUUGAAGUUCAUAUAAUAAUAAUCGAGUCUCUUGACAUUAUCACCAUCACUGUUCCUCCUGCACUUCCAGCUGCAAUGACUGCUGGCAUCGUUUAUGCACAGAGACGCCUGAAAAAAAUUGGUAUUUUUUGUAUCAGUCCUCAGAGGAUAAAUAUCUGCGGACAGUUGAAUCUUGUGUGUUUUGACAAGACUGGUACGCUUACUGAAGAUGGCUUGGAUCUGUGGGGUAUCCAAAGAGUGGAAAAUGCUCGCUUCCUUUUGCCGGAAGAGAGAGCAUGCAGCGAGGGCUUAGUGAAGUCUCCGUUUGUUGCUUGCAUGGCCACUUGUCAUUCUCUCACAAAAAUUGAAGGAGUGCUGUCUGGGGAUCCGCUGGAUUUGAAGAUGUUUGAAGCCAUAGGAUGGAUUCUUGAAGAAGCAACUGAGGAGGAAACAGCCCUUCACAAUCGAAUAAUGCCAACUGUGGUUCGACCUCCAAAACAGCUUCUUCCGGAGUCCAAGCCUGCCACAGAUCAAGACAUGGAAUUGUUUGAGCUUCCGACCACUUACGAGAUAGGAAUCGUGCGCCAGUUUCCUUUUUCUUCCGCUUUGCAACGCAUGUGUGUAAUAGCGAGAGUGCUUGGAGAGAAGAAAAUGGAUGCUUAUGUGAAAGGUGCCCCAGAGGUGAUUGCCAGCUUGUGUAAGCAAGAAACAGUUCCAGUUGACUUUGAAAGUGUUUUGGAAGAAUAUACCAAGCAGGGCUUCCGAGUUAUUGCUCUUGCUCAUAGAAAAGUGGAAUCAAAAUUUACGUGGCACAAAAUCCAGAAUAUUAAUAGAGAUGCCAUUGAAAGCAACAUGGGUUUUUUGGGCUUAAUUAUAAUGCAAAACAAGCUAAAGCAAGAAACGCCUGCAGUGCUUAAGGACUUGCAUAAAGCCAGCAUUCGCACGGUCAUGGUUACAGGUGAUAACAUGCUAACUGCUAUCUCUGUGGCCAGAGACUGUGGAAUGAUUCUACCUCAGGACAAAGUUAUUAUUGCUGAAGCACUACCUCCGAAGGACGGACAAACUGCCAGGAUAAACUGGCAUUAUGCAGAUACUCUCCCAAAAUGCACUAAUUCAUCACCAGCCAUUAACUCAGAGGAUAUUCCUAUAAAACUGGUCCAUGACAGCCUUGAGGAUCUCCAGAUAACCAAAUACCAUUUUGCAAUGAAUGGGAAGUCCUUUGCAGUGAUACAGGAGCAUUUUCAGGACUUGGUCCCCAAGCUGGUGUUGCAUGGCACUGUGUUUGCUCGCAUGGCACCCGAUCAGAAAACACAGCUGGUGGAAGCCUUACAAAAUGUAGAUUACUAUGUUGGCAUGUGUGGAGAUGGUGCAAAUGACUGUGGUGCCCUGAAGAGAGCGCAUGGUGGCAUAUCGCUGUCAGAACUCGAGGCGUCUGUGGCUUCGCCGUUCACCUCCAGGACUCCCAGUAUCUCCUGUGUGCCAAACCUGAUCAGGGAAGGCCGGGCCGCUUUAAUAACUUCCUUCUGUGUAUUUAAGUUCAUGGCAUUGUACAGCAUUAUCCAGUACUUUAGUGUUACCCUACUGUAUUCUAUCCUAAGCAAUUUAGGAGACUUCCAGUUUCUCUUCAUCGAUCUGGCAAUCAUUUUGGUUGUUGUCUUUACUAUGAGUUUAAAUCCUGCUUGGAAGGAGCUUGUUGCACAAAGGCCACCCUCAGGUCUCAUCUCAGGUCCACUUCUCUGCUCAGUCCUGUCCCAGAUGGUCAUCUGCAUUGCUUUCCAAGCCAUGGGGUUUGUUUGGGUCAAGCAGCAGCCCUGGUAUGAGUCCUGGACCCCAGACUCAGAUGCAUGUAACCUAUCGAGUGCCACAGACGCCAACUCCUCCAGCCACGGGAACCAGACCCUUCACGAUGAGCACAAUAUCAAAAACUAUGAAAACACGACCGUGUUUUUUAUCUCCAGCUUUCAAUACCUCAUCGUGGCAAUUGUCUUUUCUAAAGGGAAGCCCUUUAGACAGCCUUGCUACAAAAACUUUCUUUUUGUUUUCUCUGUGAUAUUUCUUUAUAUCUUCAUAUCUGUCAUCAUGUUGCAUCCAACUGAAGUUAUUGACUCGUCUCUAGAGCUGGUUUGCGUGCCAUAUCAGUGGCGUGUAACACUUCUUGUCAUUAUCAUCAUCAAUGCAGUUGUCUCCAUCCUGGUGGAGAAUGUCUUCCUUGACAUGGUCCUUUGGAAAGUUGUGUUCAGUCGGGACAAACAAGGAGACUGUCGCCUCGCCACACCCCAGCCGCCUCAGGAGGCUGUGGACCGCUGGGCAGCCUGCUUCCUGACGCCCCUGUUUAGCUGCAGAAAGAAGACGCCACAAGCCAAGUACAUGCACCUAGCUCAGGAACUGCUGGUGGAUCCGGAGUGGCCACCGAAGCCCAGAACAACGACUGAAGCUAAAGCUCCAACCCAGGAAAAUGGUUCCCAUCACAUAGUCACUGUCACGUAGCAGUGGCUCAGCAGUGAGCUUGUGUAUUAGUGUUCAGACGAAUGUGAUCUUAUGGCUUCAUUGGGAAAUGUAGUACUAAGCACUGUAAGUCCUAGUACAAAUAUUUCCAGCUAUCUCCUGUCCCUGAAUGCAGAGGGCAAGCUGGACAGCAUGCAGUUCGCCCAUGAAAAGGUGGGUGAGGUCAUGUCCAGCAAAAGAAAAAUGAGGGGUUUUUACUAAUUUGAAGAGAUCUUAUUUUUCCAUGUGCAUUGUAUUUAAAAAUUUAAAUUGCAGGGCUAUUAAAUAGCUCCUCUGAUCAUUUAUCUAGGGUAUGUUAACCUUUGGAAAUCGUUCCAGCUUGCACUCCAGUGCACAUAUUCGUGCAGUUCACAAUGUAGCAUUUUCAUGGUAGGUUUAGGGACACGUAGGAAAAAAAUGUUUAAAUGACUUUUGGUCACUGUCUUUGCUUUGAUCAGAAAGCUUUGUGACCAUAUGAUGACGCCCAGGUUUCAGCAAGUGUCCCUCUUGUUUCAUGUGCCGUUCCAAAAACACCUCUGUGUCUGCUGGUGACACAGUGUUUUCAACUACAGGGCAUGUAAAAGUUCUGGGUUCCUGGCUUAGUCCCUUAGUCUGACCCUGCAGGAAGUGGGACUGCUGUAGAGAGGUGUGCUCGGUGCCCAGAAGGAAAGCAGCACAUUGCCAGAGUCAUGCUGUGUUCCUCUUCUGCUCAUGUGGAGUGGCAUUGCAGUGGGGUGUGGGGGGGAACAGUCCUUCAGCCAGGACAGAUUCAGCCUGCUUUUUGGGGUCUCUGAGGAGGGGAUACCAGCAAACCUAGGCCUAUAAUGCCUCUUCUCUGUUCACCUUGCCUGUACCGCAUUCAGCUAGUCACCAGCUCCACAAGAUGCUUGCUUGAUCCAGCAAAAGGUUAGAUUGCUCCUAUUGGACCAGGUUUAUUAAUGUAACUUGAGUGGUCUUUCCUAACCAAUGCCUUUGCACUACCAAGGCCAGAGCUACAAGGCAGAAAAUAAUUUCCACAUGACCAUCACAUUAGCCAGUCCUAAUUCUGGGCACCGAGGGCUUAUACAUUUCAAAGAUUGCUCUACUGGUGUCUUAAUUGCUAUGCAGUUCUUUGAAGAUGCGAACAGAUGAGCUGGAGUCAGUGUCUGGGUAGAAAACUGUAGGGCUGCUCUGACCCUCUUCACUCGUGCAUCACCAGUGGUGCCGUGUGUGUCCUUGCAGUGGCAGCAUACAGUUUUCCAUUGGGUGGUGCCAAAGAAGGUUUGACACGGCCACCAAACACAGGAUUUCAAAGUGACCCUGGCAGAGAGCAGCAGUUGCUUACAUGUCGGUUGUAGAAGCCUACAAAACCUUGUGCAGCCUCAUAAAGCAGUAGUAAAGCCAUCAGAACAACUCCUUCAACACGUUACCCGAGGACAUAACAAAACGAUAAAGACUGGACAGCUUCUCCUGACUCGGUGAAUCUGACGGAGCCAAGCAACUCUGAACUUUGAGAAGGGGCCUUAUCCAGAUCUGACCUGCAUAGGAAGAAAUGUCCCGGGUUGCACACGGGCCUCGGAAUGUCAGGGCUUUGGAAAUGACUUGAGGAUGAGUCCCCAGCUUGAGAGCUCUGCAGGCUUAAAGGUCUGUAGAGAAGAUCUUAUGCUCUGGGAUUCUUCAGGAAGGGAAAUUUUGAAGCUCAGGCCUGUUUCCUGUGUGCUUUCUUAUGAAGCAGCGAGCAGUAGCACCCGUGUUGCUAAUUUUAGGGCUUUUGCAAUGCUGAACAUGCCAUGCUAAUGUUGCAAUUAAAAAUGGUGCUCGAUGGUUUUGGGAGAGUACUUCUAGGAGCCGUGAGGGUUGUAGUUUUUAACACUCCUCACAAACAGCUUGUGGUCUGCUAUCCUCCCUGACAGCUGGCAGGUCUUCCUGGCACUUCCAGGGGAGUUAUUCACCACAGUCUUAAUCAGUAGUGCAGAGCCGAGCUGUCCUCAUCCCAUCUCGUUAAACUGUUCAACACAAACACUGGUGACUUCAGAAGGGCCUGGAGUUGCACAUGAGAUCCCUGUUGCUGCUGGUGAUUCUUCAGACUAUCUCAGUCGUGUAGUGUUUGGGGUGGGGGAGAAGAAUUGCCAGCUGAGUGCAUACUUCUAUCCCCUGUUUUGUAGAACACAUUUUACUUUAAUGGAAAUAUUCCAUGAAGCUAUGCAUCUUGGACCUUGGAGCUGUGAUUUACCACCACCUCUUGUAUUUGACUUAUUUAACAAUUCACUUGGUGGGGUUUGGAGCUGGUAUUGUGUUCAUUGUUUUAACUUGCUGCUUCAGUCAAAAGUUAAAAAAUAACGCGUGCGUCAUCUGCCUCUUGGAAGUGGUGUUGCUUACUUAGGGUUGCCAAACCCUACCCCAGCCCUAAUUCUCUUUCCCUAAAUUGUGGAUCCAUCUCACUCAUCUUGUUCAGAUGCUAAAGUCAGUCUUUGUUUGUGAUAGCAGCGCUUCAUGGUCUAACCUGGUAUCCGAGCUCGUUGGGAGGAAACUGCUUAUUAAGGGAGUGGGCUUUAGGGCCAGAAUUGUCCAGCUGUUCCCCUCCAGAACAACUGCCUGGUCCAGUCGAGGAUGUUAAAAGCUCGACCUCCAGGACGGGUCCCUUUGACUUCAGCUGGAAUUGCAGGUGCUCAGUCCACUUUGGGUAGGUGAGGCCCAGGUUCCUCAGGAGGGGCACACCGAAGGAGCGGAUGCUUGCUGCUUUGUGGCUGAGCUGUUCACAUCUGGACUGGCCCCGUUGUUCUGGAGGGCGGCAGCUGCCUUCUGGGGAAAAUCCACUACCAGUUUGGUGCAAGGUGUUAUGUUUCACAGGGCUCCCGUUCGGUCGUGACAGAAGCAGGUACAGCUCGUACUGAAGACACUGGGAAUUGCACCUUCUUAACUCAGGGCUGGGUUUGGCCCUGUGUGCCCAUGUUUCUUUUUGGACGGUUGAUGUGGUUUUUCAGGUAUGCAAAAAGAGAGCAAACCAGAUCGGGACACAUUAGCGAGUUCAUUUCAUAACUGGAAGUAGGCUGAGCUUCAGGGUCUGUGCUUAAAAUCAUCUUUGUACAUUUUCCUUGAAUGUGUGGGUUCAGAUGAACAGGACUGUUUUGUGGGCCAUACUAAAUGAACUUUGGGGGGUUUCUUUCUACUGUAUAAUUCAGCCUCACAUUGAAGAGUUUGAUUCUUAUUAAAUUAUUUGCUCUUAUACAGACUUAAAUUUAAAUCUGUACAUGUCUUACUUUGAUGUAUUAGGAUAUGUAAAUAUUAAUGAUUUGAAUAUUAUUUAUGCACCUACUUAAAGACUGGUCUACCCAGGAAAGCGGUUGUUAAAUAAUAAAUGUAACUUUUUAAACUUUUUUAAUAAAUACCGAGAUCUUUAAAAUGUGUAUCCCUCAGGGUUAUUUUUAAAGCUUUCUUCCUUCAGAUAUAAUUAGUGCUCACUGUAAUCUUCAUAUAUUCUAGAACUAAGUCUACUGUAAAAUAUGCUGCAAAUAAUGCUUAAGUGAAAGUGGCUAAAUCAUCCACAGAACCAAGAUUGUUCAUAUUCAUUGCACUUUUAGUUGGAAAACUAUUGCAGUUUCUUACUCUAUUUAUUUUAUUUCUUGUUCUGUGUGUUCACGAGGAUUUGUGCUGUACAGUUCAUCCCAAAUCAGAUAAAUAUCCAUUUACUGUAUUAUGCAUAUACAGUGCUAACAUUAGGCACAUGGCAGAUCCUUUUUGAUGCUGCAGACUUUUUUUAAUGCUUUUCUCUUGGUCGUCACAUAUAUCAAGAUUUAGGAAGCGCUUUACAGUUUCUCAUGUGAAAUUCUCAUUUACAGAAUUAGAUUUUUGUAUGCCUAGCGGGGAGGGGCUGGUUUUUGACAGUUUUGAGAGUCUUUGAAUGUUAAUUUUAUACAGUGUAUAGCUUCAGGUUUUUACAGCUAUUUUCAACAAACUGCAGUUUGAUAAUUAUGUGAGCACAAAAUGACUUUCAUGAAUUUAAUAAAAAAUGAGAAGGCUUAUGAUUAGUGUGUUCUCUAGAAGUUUGGCUUUUAUUUUUACAAAGCUGGUUCAAGUCAGAAGUGAUACUGCAGCUUUCUAUUUAAAAGCACACGCGGCUGCUCCAGAAUGGUACCCGGCAAACACGCAGACCUGCACAGAGGCAUUGUACAUAGCCUUGUAAAAAUCAUUUUUGUGAUUUGAAUCUGUUUGAAAUAAAACUGGAAAUGAAGGCA